CUUUUCCCCCUUUCAAGAUUGACCUAUAAAACCUACGCCCUAAUACCAUUCCAAUUUCUUGUAUUUGGAGAAUCUACAAAUUAGGGUUCAUCGAUCAUGUCGAAGAACAACGCGGACGAGCCAGCGAUCGGAAUCCCCUACUAUUCUACUGCUCCGAUCCCUCAACAACAUCAACAAUACUAUGUCGCUCAGAACCCUUAUCAAUCUGGAGUGAUCCCACCGACCGCCAUAUUCGGCGAUCCCAAGGGUAUUCCAAUCCACCAAACCAUGUAUAACGACACUCCUGCUCCUUUUAAUUGCAUCUACUGCGGAACCACCGGUCUCACAACCGUCAAAUCAAAACCAAGUUUGGCAGCAUUUGUUGGAUGUAUGAUGCCUAUGAUGAUGGGGGUUUGCUUUCUUUGUCCUUCAAUGGACUGUUUAUGGCAUAAGUAUCACUAUUGUCCUAGCUGCAAUGAGAAGGUUGCUGAUUUUGAGAAGUCUGAUCCUUGUAUUGUGAUGGAUCCUCCACAAUGGGUUCAACAAAGCUUUGCAUUGCCUGCAUAAUUUGAUUGAUUAUUACUCCAUUGUUGUCUUUUUACUAUAUAAGGUGAGGAUUUGUCUGUGAUUGUUCUGAGAAUGGUGGGAGAAGGUUCUUUUCAUUAUAUAUUAUAUGAUGUAAAGUUUAUUAUUAUUAUUACGUGAAUUGCUGCUGAUAACAACACUACUGUGAUUAUUCUAUGGUUGAAUGAAAAAUGAUAUAUUUUGAAGUA